GGUGUAUACGCCACAAUACAUAGUGCACGGUAUCUACGGUGCCGGUUACCCUUUUUAGGAACUUUGGUGCGGUUGUGCCGCUGCCGUGCACACACAGUCUGAUGUAGUGUUGUUGAGAUUAGAAGGACAUAUCUGCCGCCGUAACUAGCAAAGAACACGGAGGGCCAACAUCCCACAAAAUAUCGUUAGCUGUCAAAUUACUAACAUCAAUACUAACGGCUAUCCGCAGGCUCGCUUAGGAUGCGUAAACAAAUCAUACUUGGGACAAUGCAAUACUAACGUGGCGGCUGGCUGGUUAAAUUCCACUAAGGGCAGCGCUCUAGGGACUAAUGCGCCGCUUAGCCUUUGAGGCGUCCACUAGAAUCCUUCUUGUGCAGCCUAGUUUGUCAAGAACAACGCCAACCAGCCAAUGGAGCCCCCAAGCGGCUUGCUACACCACAAGUUGGUUGCAUGUCAGCUAUGGUAGUGGCUUCGGCGAUUAUCUCUUGGCUCUUCCACUGUGUUAGCUCUACGCUCAGCUUCGUUCAGCCCGCUCCAGCCCCAUACCGCAGCGCUAAACUACCUCUCUCGCAGCGGCGCGACGCUUUGGGCGUCGGGCGUUACGUCGAUUAUCACGCCAACCUCGCCGCAUCGAACGCCAGCGGUUCCCCGUAGAACACCAGCGGAGCCACUUGAUCUCAAGGUAACCCGCAGUGUCUCUCUUACAUUGCUACAGCCGUGAAUCCAAUAUUCUUUAGUUUUUUCCCUCUUUUUUCAGUAUGCAAAAUGCAGACGCAGCAGCAAAACUUGAAGAACAGCGUCGACGAAACAGACUAGCUCAGCGUAGACGCCGUGAGAGACAAAGAAAUCGAGCAACCAGCAUAUCGUCGGUUAAUAACGACGCCAUUGCUCCCAUCGUGGUGGAUGUACAGGAUCAGCAACCGGCUGAAGAUAAAACGUGGGACUUUGCAAUUGACAAUGAAUUCUUCGACUCGGCAUUAGAGACGCAAGAUGAUCUCGUGGACCAGUUCCUUCAUCCUUCGCCUCCUCCUAGCACUGAUUCACUCUCUUCAUCGAAACAGACAGACGUUCCAACAACUGGUAGUCUUCGAGAUAAAUCACAUUUAACAAACGGUAUUUCUGUGGAAAUUCCCACGGGUUUAACGGAUGGUGAUCGAGAACUGGCCCAAGAUUCAUACAAUAGACUCAUUGCACUAUUACCACAAACAAAUAUAACUCAGCACCAACGUUCUGAUAGCGCACAUAAACAGCUCAUCAAUGUAUCCGACUUUGCACAGUUCAGUGGUAGUGGUACGGCGUGCUACAGCGCUACAGGAUCAUCCUUGGGGAGAAGCCAGAGUUUCUCGUGGCCGCGAUCUGAGUCUCGCCCCUCAGUCGACAGUCAUAGCGUUGAUUCUGCUGCUCGAGAGGUUUCCUUCGAGCGGAUCAGGGAGUUUGUCGAGGACGCUGGCUUCGAAAGUCUCGACGCGAUGAUGGCCGCCUACUACAACUCAAAUCUGUGUGCCAGCUCCAACCAGCGCCCGACGCAGGCGGUUGGUCGCUCCAGAAGACUCCGAAGCUUUCUAUCAGCGCUGCAUCGCAACCAUGCCGAAUGGGGUGAUCAAGAGCGAAGUGCGUACAGAGAAGAAAUCGCCCGGGCUGCAGAGGGUAUCUAUGCCGACGAGCUGUCCGACAUGGUACACGGUGCCACAGGGAUGAAUGGUGCAAAGAGAUUAUCUAUACCUGGGUCAGCAAAAUCCUCAACGGAAACAAGUCGAGUGUACAUUGCCCACCGCAUUCAGAGUCUUGUUUCCGAUCAAGAAAUGCAAGAUUUCAUGCGGAAGGAUCGAAAGGAUUUACAAGAUACGGUCGCCGAAACGUGGUCACUUAUCACACAGCUUAUUUACAGCACGGGACAAUCGCCGCAGCAGAAAGCGUCUACUGCAUGCAUCAUUCUGUAUCUUCUAACAUCGCCAGCUGCGACGUAA